ACGGGCGCGGCGCGGGGCGGCGGCGGGCUCGCGAGGCUUGGGCUCCUGGCCUGUCGCGGUCUGCAGGUGCUGCCGUCUUCGACGCUGUCCAGUGAUCUUUUGACUGUCACACAUGGACUUCGAAAAAUCUCCAAAGGAAACUGUCCUCAUUACAGGAGGAGGUGGCUAUUUUGGUUUCCGCCUAGGCUGUGCUCUGAACCAGAAAGGAUUCCAUGUGAUUCUGUUUGACAUCAGCAGCCCUGCUCAUUCUAUUCCAGAAGGAAUCAAGUUUAUCCAUGGAGACAUUCGCCACCUCUCUGACGUGGAGAGUGCCUUCCAGGAUGCGGAUGUCACGUGUGUGUUCCAUAUUGCCUCUUACGGCAUGUCGGGGCGGGAGCAGCUGAAUUGGAGCCUGAUUGAAGAAGUCAAUGUGGGGGGCACAGACAACAUCCUCCAGGUUUGCAGGAGGAGAGGGGUGCCAAGAUUUGUUUACACCAGCACUUUCAAUGUCAUCUUUGGAGGUCAAGUUAUCAGAAAUGGAGAUGAAUCUCUGCCUUACCUACCUCUUCACCUCCAUCCCGAUCACUACUCUCGGACCAAAUCUAUUGCAGAGAAGAAGGUGCUGGAGGCCAAUGGUACCAGCCUGAUGGGUAUGAUAGAAAUCAUAUUGGAGCCAUGGAGCCAGACUGAGGAAGAUUGGAAAUGUCUUGAAUUUCUCUGAGCCAAAAAUGUACUUAUUUCUGUUCCCUACACUCUGCAUCCACUGAAAAUAGACUAAAAUGUGCACUGAUAUGGGAAUGGCAGAACACUAACAGGCUUGAAAAUGUGUGAAAAACCCCAAAUUGGGUCAGAUCCCUACAGACCAACCCUCUGAGGAGAUGGUAGCUGUUGAGAGGCAUUAGCUCUUCAUUCCUAUAGGAUUUAGGAAUUAGUUCUUGCCCUUUAUGAUAUAAGGCAUGACCCAUGUGUGACCGCGUGGUAAUGUUUGAGUUUUAAACAAACAGAACUUUGUCUUACCUCAUAGGAUUCUUCUGAGGAUUAAAUUAGACAAGACAUAUAAAGGGCCACUCAACACACACACAAGCCAUUGUUUUUAUUCAUAUCGUUGCUAUAUAUUCCUUAUGAGGGUUUUCUUCCUCAGGGGAAUUCUGUUCAGAGGGUGCUGUUGUCACUAACCUUUCUGGAACGUCUUUGUGAUAAGCCCUCAGUCUGUAACAAGCAUGUUUGAAUAUACUCAGUGUUUCUAAAGUUUUGGUCUCUGAGCUUAGAUUGAAGUUUAGGAAACAGCCACACAUCUGACUAAGGAAGAUGAUCAAGCUAAUGAUGCCAUUUGUAAUUUAAAAAUGAAACAUAACUCUCAACCAGUAGACUGGUUUUCUUCUGGGAAGAAAUUGGGUUCUCAGAAGGCAACUUCCAGUGAAGAAUGUUUUGAACAAUGGUGGUAUUGUCCAGCCACCCUUGAGGACUGCCAUGGAAGGCAUUCAAGGUGUCCUGUUGCACAGGAACCAAAGUGAAAAGAAGACAGAGAAUCUUUACCCGUUCCAUGAUUCCAGCUUCAGAAAAGACCAUAUUCAAGCACAAGGCAGAGAGAUUGCUGCAGAAGGUUACGUUAGAAUUGUGUUGAGAUUAUUGGCAGAAAGAGGAAGCUAGAUGAAUACUCCCUGGUAAAUGCUACCUGGGUAUUUUGGAAAAAAUGCUCAACCUGAUACCAGAAGACCUGCAACCAUGAAGAUAUUGUGUGGCUUUAAUCCAGUAACUGAAGCCUCUUACUUUCCUCACUUGGGAAAUAGGAAUGACUUGUAUUUGCCUUUUCUACAAACCCACCACCCGCCUCACAGGGUUUGUUGUGAGCACAAAAUAAGAUGUCGUGAAAGUACUUUUAAUAUAUAAAUUACCACAUAAAUACGA